UCAGUAAGAAGAGAAUCAGAGGUUGUAAGACAAUAAUUGACUUUCUGGUAUAAUAAAGAGUUUAAAUUGAAUGGGGAAAGUAGCAAUUGGUAUAAAAUGGAUUUAUAAUGACAUAACCUUGUUGUUGCUGUGAUGUGACAAAGUGCCUUUUAUUCAGCAGUCUUCUAAUAAUGAUGUGAUUUAUGAUUUAAAAGGCCUGAACCAAUAUGGAUGUUAUACCUUGCAUCAGACGUAUAGCACCAACACCUAAUUAGCUCUCUCCUGAGCCCAAAGUCACUGAGCCCAACUCUCCCUUCAUGAUGCAGUGUGUGUUUUGAGGUGAGUUAUGUGCAGGGAUCAACAAUAUCAUAUCAGUGAUGGACACACCUGAACAAUGCCAUGAUCAUGUUCUCCGUAGAUAAUUGCAGUGCAUCAUUAGACAGCUCUAAAUCCCCCUAGAUGUAACUGGAAUCAGGGGUUUUAACACAGAGCAACUUAACUGUAUGCUAUAGCCACUGGUAAGAUAUAUGUCUUUCCUUCUUUACAUUGUUGAAAAUGCACAUGUUCAAAGGACGUCUGUGGCAGUGAAAUAUUGUACUUCCAAAAAGCAAAAACCUUCCUGUCAGUAGAGCUGUAAUGCUAACCCCCACUGAUGAUAUGCACCAUAUAUUUGAAAACUGAAGUGCAUGCUUCUCAUUCUGUAGGCACUGACCACAUUAUUUGUGCAGGUUAAAUUAGUACACUUUAUUUAUAUAAGUUGGAUUAGCACAAUUUCACAUGAGUUAGAGUAUUUCCUCUGUUUGUCAUGUUCUAUAUCCCACCGCUAUUUCAUACAAUUUGCAGUCUCAUAGAUAAGGAAUAAUUCCAAUCACACAGGCUUUAUUUUUAUAAAUUGAAAAAACAUCUGGAAAGUAGCCAAAAUCAUUUAUAAUAAGCAUCCUUCAUGAUGUUAACUAGGAUCCCAUUAAUAGUUGACUACAAGUCUUAGUCUAUGAUGUAUAACCUUGUGAGGUUUUUCAUUCUUCUUAAGGUACCAAGGCCAGAAAGGUAUUUAUAUAAGGGUGUACAGGAAAAACAUUUGGGUUACAUUGUUUUGAUUUUAUUUUGUUUAUGUCAUUUUGGGAGGUGGGGAGGGACGUUUAAGCUAAGUCAGAGGGACAAUUCCAGCGUGAUUGGAGUUACAUCCAUUCAGUAUUAAUUCUUACUGUAUCACUGUUAAAGGUUAUUUUUAACUAGUUUUCCAUAUGUUUGGCAAACGACAUAGUAAACAACUUUGGAGGCUUCUAGUUUGUUUGGUAAAGGUUAUCCCAUCACUGCAUAGGAAGCCAGUAAUCAUGCUUUUUCAUCACAGAGCUAAUACCAGGCUAGAAACUCUUUGUAAAAGAAGUUCUGUUAAUCCUUUGAUAUUAUGCAAAUUUAAGAAAUUUGUUAGGGUUUAGGCAGCACAUGAGGGGAUGUCUCAUCUUUUUUUUCUGCUUGUAAACAGUAAACACAUUGACUACUUUCAGGUCUUAAUGUGUCAAAUUUCUAUAUUUUGCUUUACAAAACCAAGAGCUAAUGUGUUAAUGAACAUGUCCUAAGACAGUGAGUGGUUCCAUUAGGAUCCACUGUCUGUCACAUUCCAGUGAAGUCAAUAUGCAAACCAAAGACAGGUGCUUUUGCUAGUUGUAGGCCGUAAAACAAAAGUAAAAUUAAGGCUAGAUUUUAUACUGAUAUUUUACUGAUUGCGCCCCUCUUCUUGACUAACUCAUAAUGUGUAAACAAUAAGGAAAUAAUUACAUGAGCAAAAACCCAAUCAUGGUGGAAUUGUUCUUUUAAAGGGUACUGUAGCACAUUGGAAAGGAGGGCAUUUGACCUGUGAAGACAGACGAUUACGGUAUCUCACAAUCAUUCUUGUAUCAGUUGUUGAAAUAAAAUCCCUUUGUGUACUGUGUACUCAUUAUUGCUUGUUCGUUUCUUGCAAUUUAGAUAAAUGAUAUAACAUUAAGCUCAAGGUGGUUGAGUCUCAAGCAGUAGGGAGGCGGAAGCAAGCCAAGGGAGCUCCGUGCCCACUGAUCCCACGGGACUCACUGAAGACACCGGAACUGUACUUGCAGUGUUGGGUUUUAAUGCACUCUGUAUUGUGGCUAUCUGUUUAUCUCCUGAAGAGUAGACUGUGGGGAGAUGGAAAACGAGCAUCCGGAUAGCAAGAUGAUGCAGAUAAACCUGACAGGCUUCCUAAAUGGAAAGAAUGCCCGGGAGUUCAUGAAGGACCUGUGGCCCCUGCUGCUCAGUGCUCAAGAAAACAUCGCUGGCAUCCCUUCUGCUUUCCUGGAGCAGAAGAAAGAGGAAAUCAAACAAAGACAGAUUGAACAGGAGAAGCUUGCUUCUCUUAAGAAGGUAGAUGAGGACAAGAAGGAGAAGGACAGCAAAGACAUCAGAGAGAGGGCUCAGUCCAAGAGCCCAAGGAGGCGGAAGACAAGGUCGCCAUCACCGCGUCGAAGGUCACCUGUUAAGCGGGAAAGAAAGCACAGUCCCUCCCGCUCUCCGCGCCGCAAACCCAGCCCAGUUGGUGGCAGUUCACCCCCUCCAGCCCUUAUGCAACUUCCCCUGAAACCCGUGGAGCAGCACCUGGAGCCGGAUAUGUCAGAGAGAGCCCUGCCACAGCCAGUCAUCCUAGAAGCCUCUUCCACCAGUGAUGUGGUUGUCGAAGUGGUGAAAGCCGACUCUGUGACUGAAGUGAAAGAGCCCACCCCAGAGAAGACUGUCAAGAAGGAGGAGAGGCCCAAGUCCCGGGAGCGGGAGAAAGACAGUAGGAGGGAAAGACCUCGCCACCGCUCACGUUCUCAUUCUCGUCCCCGCAGACGACGCUCUCGUUCUAGGUCUUACUCCCCCCGUAGAAGGCCGAGCCCCAGGAGGAGAGUAUCCCCCCGCCGCAGGAGCCCCCCUAGACGUGGCACCACCAGCUCCAGACACAGACACAGACGCUCCCCUGUCCGCAGGAGGCGCUCUCGCUCUGUUUCAUCCUCGGGCAGCAACUCCUCCACCUCUCGCUCACCUAAGAAGGCUAUGAAAAGAACAUCUAACACACCACCCCGCAAACAAGCCCGCCAUCCUGACACUUCUAUGAGCCCAUCAGGAAAGGACAGACGAUCUCCAUCUCCACGGGCCAGAAAGGGCCGGGCCUCUGCUUCUCCAUCCAGAUCAUCUGGUUUAAAGCGAAAACAAGGAGGGAGGAGAGAUUCACCAUCUGACAGUGCCAAACCCAGACCAUCUGAAGGGUCUGAGUCAGAGGAGGAUAAAAAUGAGAAAGGGGCAACAGCAGAUUCUGUGCAGCAGCGACGUCAGUAUCGCAGGCAGAAUCGGCAGUCGUCUUCAGAUACAGGAUCUUCCUCCUCUUCAGAGGAUGAGGGACCAAAGAGGCCAGCAGGGGGGCCAUCAGCUAGGAAUGGUGAAGUCAGGAGGAGGCGCAGUCAUACUCCUUCCCCACGGAGACGACAUCGGGACUCCUCUCCAAGGAAAAGACGUUCUCCAUCUCCUGCAGGACGCAGACGUCGCUCCCCCUCUCCCCCACGCCGCCGCAGAUCUCCCUCUCCUGCCAGGCGCAGGUCUCCCUCCCCACCUGCCCGUCGGCGCUCUCCUUCCCCCAGACGGUAUUCUCCACCUAUCCAGCGCCGCUACAGCCCCUCACCCCUGCCCCCUCAAAAGAGAAAGAUGUCCAGCUCUCCCACAAAGCGCCCCUCUCCAGCAGUCAAACGACGCCCCUCCAGGUCCCCCAAGCGCAGGAGUUCUCCUGCUCAAAAGAGACGCACACCUCCCUCCUCCACAUCUCCCCCCAGACACAGGAGGAGCCCCAUGUUGCCUUCUAGCCGGCCAAGCAGGGACACACGAUCCCCUGUCGCAGCAACUAACCGCCUCUCCCCAUCCCCGGCUACUAACCGCGGUCGCACAGUGAGGGGCUCCACCAGCCCUCAGGGGCAUUUUGAGGCCUCUAGCACAUCUCCAUCUCACCAGAGGAGGCAGCAGUCCCCUGCACAUGCUGGCAGACCCAUCCGUAGGGUGUCCCGCACCCCUGAGCCACGCAAGAACCAGAGAGCCUCUCAGAGCCCUCAACCUAUGAGGAGAGCAUCCUCCAGAUCCAGAUCCAUUUCCCCUCAACCAGCAGCUCAGAAACGUCCGGCCCCUGCAUCCGCCUCCCCCUCACCUUCCCGCUCUGUUAGUGGGUCUCCACCUCCAGUCAAAAAGGCCAGCAGUGGUUCUGGCAGUCGAUCCCCAAGCAAGAAUUCAGACACUGAUGCUGGAGGGAAGAAGAAGAAGAAGAAGAAGGAAAAGAAACACAAGAAAGAGAAGAAACAUAAGAAGCACAAGAAGCAUAAGAAGGAGAAGAGUAAUAAUGCUGGGGCCGGAGAUGGACAAGAGAACCAGGGCAUAGAUGAGGAUGGAGAUUCAAAAAAGGAAUCAGACAGUGAAGUAGAAGACAGCCUGGAUGACCUGGAGAAGCACCUACGAGAGAAGGCCCUGCGCUCCAUGAGGAAGGCACAGAUGUCUCCGUCACAGAUGUCCUGAAAAAUGAACCACCUCUCACUUAUACUUUCCCCCAAAUCUUCCACUCACUCUUUUGAAGUCUAUCAACAACCCGGUUCAGCUUUAGAAUGUACAAAUUGUUUAUUCUUUUAGUCUUUUGUUUUCUUUUUACAGUUUGGGUAUGUUCUGAAGCGUGGGUUUCAUUAAGAGCUUGAUUUGUCAUAGGAAGAUUCUGUUUGAUUUUUUUUGACCUAUAGUGUACUAUCUGAACUGUAAAGAUUCUUGUGUUGUCCCUUCUUUAAAUUAUCCACAAGGGAAAUGUUUUAACACUGAAGUUUGUUUUUGGCAAGUUUCAAAUCUUUCUCACACACGCGCACACACCAUACAGUAGAUUCCCUGGGGAAUUGAUUGCAUGUGCAGUGAUUGUCUGAUGUGCAUGAACCACUGACCGUAUGGAGUGUAGACAAAAGCUAACAUACUGUUACAUACUGUUACUGCUGCCUUUUAUAAGUGGAUACAGUGUGUCACUGCUGUGUGCACUGGUAAAGAGGUUGUAACAGAAUGUCAUGUCCCAUAUUGUAACUUAAUAGAAGUGUCUGGCAUUGUUUAACCUUGCUGUUAUUUCUGGCUCUGAAGCAGUCUUGUUUUAAGACUAAAAUGGUGUGAUCUAAUCCGGAGAGUACAGUUCAGUUUUUCCAGAUUGACUGAUAUGCAGUUUUAUGUUAGUGCUCUUGCAUCAAGCCAAUCAGUUGUGUGGGAGUGCUAUAUCAUUUGUAUUUAGUACUCCUGGCUCUUGUCAUCCUUUCAAAAUUAAAAGAUUUUUUUUAUAGGA